AUGAUGAAUACUAGUCAUAUAUUUAAGCUAUCUAUAUUUUACUUUUUUUUGAGUUUAAUUUUGGAUUUUGGUAAAGUUAGUUGUAUUCCUGGAGGAGUUUCGUCUUCAUUACCACAACAAGGAUCCUCAUUUCAGCCAAGCUCUGGUAACAUGGAUUCAUUUAGGAAUAGAGCACAAAAUAUUUCAAAAAGAGUUGUUGAUCCAUUAAUGAAUAGAGGAGAUAGAAGUUCACAGAACAUAAAUACUCUUUCAUACCCUAAUGAUCAAAGAGUUGAAACUAAAUCGUUUAACUUUGGUGGUAUUCCAAUAUUUGGAGGACCAAGAAUGGAGAAUAGAAACUAUUUAAGUCUUCCUUUCACAAGAGAUGGACAUUGUGAAAAAGGUACAAUUUAUAAUAUUACAAGUGUUGAUGAUUUAACACAAAAUAGUCGUGAUUUAAUGUGUAUUAUGGAAGUUGGUUUACAACCUGAUAAAAUUCCAACUGGUAUGAUGUAUGGUACAAUGUUAGAUUUAUUAACUGAUACAAGAGAUAUUGAUAUGAGAGGUAUUGAGAAAUUUUGGGGAGGUAAAUUUGGUGCAAAGGGUGUUUGUAAUAGAGUUCAAGAUGAAGUUGUUUUUGGAUAUAAUAUGGUUAAGGGUAAAUUUGCUGUUCCCUCUGUUAUGUAUCUUAAUAGUUUACCACAACAUUGUAGUAUGUCACCUGCAGAACAUCAAGACAAUUCUCAAUCACUUAUUUUGGAUUAUAUGAUUGACAAGAACCAGGUAUGCAGAGCAGAGACUUACACUAAUGGUCCAUUCUUUUCUAAGUCUGAACAUUUGAAUGUUUGUGCUAUUGUCAAGGCUGUUGGUCGUCAACCAGAUGGUGGACUUAUUUUACUUGGUAGAGCAUUAAGCUAUCCAUCUUUAAAACCAAAUGUUAAUCCAACUGGAUUAAUUACAGUCUUAUUCUUUGCUGUGGUUACUUAUGACAAUGUAUUGCCAGAAUUUAUCCCAGGUACACCUUUAGAACCAUUGCCAGCCUCUUUUGACUACAGACUCAUUGGUAUUGAAAAAGAUAACAACUCUUUCUUCCCAGCUUUUGGAAUUUUUAAUAAGGGAGAGGCCUUGUCUUUAAAUAACUUUACAAACAAAUUUGGUCCACCAAUUCCCACAUCAACCUCAACUACCACAACAACUUCCACCACAACAUCUACAACAACCUCUACAACAACCCCUACUACAACUUCUACAACAACCACCACCACAACAACUACAACUACUACAACAACUACCACCACAACAACUACAACUACUACAACAACAACUACUACUACUACUGAAACUACUACAACUACUCUUGAUUCCGCAGAAGCCCAAAAUUUAAACUCUAGAAGAUUAAUGAUAAGAUCAUAA